GAGACGUUUAUCGACAAGGCAACACGAAGCAUGUGCAUUGUGACGGAGCACUGUGGAGGGGAAACACUAUCCGAGCUCAUCAAGAAGCACCACGACAGCCGCUCGUUCAUUCUCCACUGGCUGCUGCAACUGGCCUUGGCUCUGGAGCACAUGCACCACCACAACGUGCAGCACCGAUGCAUCGAGGGCAGGAACGUUUUUCUCUGCAACUCCCCUAACAAUACGCAGCUGGGCCCCGCCUCUGUGCGGCUGGGCGGCUUUGGCGUCUCGCAGGAGGUGGAGGGGCGCGAGCGGGGAGAGGGGCGCGAGGGGCGGGAGUGGGGAGAGGGGCGAGGGCGGCUAGCCAGUGGCUUCAUUCGGACUCCCCUGCGCAUGGCGCCUGAGAUGAUACGCCAGGAACCGUACGACUGCAAGUCAGACGUAUGGGCGCUCGGCAGCCUGCUCCAUGGGGCCAUGAGCUUCAGCGAGCCGGCGCUCCCCGCCACAUCCAUCCAAGAGCUCGUGUCGUUCGUGCUGGCGGGAUGCCAUGACCCCAUGCCGCCAUGUUACUCUCCUGACCUCUGUGCGCUCGUCAGGCGGAUGCUCUCUCAGGACCCGUCGGGCCGUCCAAGUGCGCGGGACAUCCUCACCUCGCCUCUCCUCCAUCAACGCGCCUCUGCUUUCCUGCAAGCCUGCCUGCACGCCACUGGAACCGCCCUUGAGGGCACCACCAAGAACGACCUUGGGAAUACCGCACUUGGAAGCAUCUCCCUCGGGAAUACCGCACUUGGAAGCAUCUCCCUCGGGAAUACCGCACUUGGAGCCACUGUGGAAAGGGCACCAGCGAUGCAGCGAGCAGUGAGGGAACAGAUGGGGAGGCUGGGAAUCGCCCCUCUAUCUCUGGGGCGACGAGCAAAUGAGCAGACGGGAAGGGUGGGGACCGUGAAGGGGAUGGAUUCUGAGGGCGGGCCUCAAAACAAGCAUAUAGGUGGCGAUAAUGCUGCCGCUGCUGCUGCUGAUAAUGCUGCUGCUGCUGCUGCUGCUGAUGCUAAUGCUGCUGCUGCUGCAGGCGAUGCUGCUGCUGCUGCAGGCGAUUCUGCUGCAGGCGCAUCUCAUUCAGGCAUGCCCAGGGCAGGUGGAUCUGUCACGAGGGUAUCUGGUGUGGGGUCAUGUGGUACAGGUGGAGGUGGUGCGGAGGAGGGAGAAGGGGGCGGCAUGGAGGGUGAAGAGGAGGGAAGGGGAAGUUGCGUGGAGAGUGCAGUGGAGGGAAGUGGAAGAUGCGUGGAAAGUGCAGUGGAGGGAAGGGGAAAAUGCGAGGAGAGUGAGGAGGAGGAAAUCAUUCCGGAGGGUGAUCGAAACGAGGGAUGUGAGGAGGGGUCAGGGACAGACCGUGCGGAGGGGGGCAAAGAAGGGGAGGAAUGGGGAGUGGAUGAGGAGGAGGGGGAAGAGGAGGAGGAAGAGGAGGAGGAAGAGGAGGAGGAAGAGGAGGAGGAAGAGGAGGAGGAAGAGGAGGAGGAAGAGGAGGAGGACGAGGGGGAGGAAGAGGAGGAGGAAGAGGAGAGGGAAGAGGAGGAUGAAGAGGAGAAGCAAAAUGAUGAGAAACAACAUGAGGAAGAGCAGGAAGAGGAGAGGUGGUGGGGACUGGGUGAAGAGGAGGUGGAGGAUGGGGAGGAGUGGGAGAUGGGGGAAGAGGACGAGGCACGGCGAGAGUGGGAGAGGGAGCAGGAGCUGAGAGAGGAGUUUGUGAGAGAGAAAGAGGCCGAGGAGAAUGGGUGGGGGAUGACUCUUGAGUCGACUCAAGAAAGGAAGCAGGAGCUGAGAGAGGAGUUUGUGAGAGAGAAAGAGGCCGAGGAGAAUGGGUGGGAAAAGGGAGAGAACGGGUGGAAGGGGGACGAAUAUGAGCUUACGGGGCAACAGCAGCAGCAGCAGCAGCAGCAGCAACAGCAACAGCAGCAGCAACGUCAGCAGCAGCAACAGCAGCAGCAACAGCAGCAGCACCAGCAGCAGCAGCAACAGCACCAGCACCAGCAGCAGCAGCAACAGCAGCACCAGCAACAGCACCAGCAUGGCUUCCAGCACCAAUACCACCACGAGCAGCAGCAACAGCAGCAACAGCACGCAAUCUCACGGAUUGUGGCAAAGCGGCUGCAGGAGAGCACUUGUAGCAGCAGCAGCGGCGGCAGCGGCAGCGGCAGCAGAAGCAGCAGCGGGGGAGGCUAUAUGUGUGGUCAAGAGAAAGGCCGGAAGCUCUUGGGGUGCAACACAGGGAGCAGCUGUAGCAGCAGCUGUAGCACUGGCCCAUUGAGAUGCAACACAGGAAGUAGCUGUAGCAGCAGUAGCAAUAGUAACCAUAAGGCCACCACCCCUGGCUACAGCCAAGAACACUGUAGCGGUUGUAGCCUGAGGCGGUUGCGAUACAGCCUGGACAGCAGCGGCAGUGACACGUCAGAACAUGGCUCAGACACGUCAGAAUCAGCACCGAACAUGCUCUCCUCCAUUCCUACAGCCCUGCCUGAUCCCAUCGGGUCCAACCUGCAGCAGCAGAAGCAGCUGCAGAAUAGACAGCAGCUGCUGCAGGUGCAGAAACAGCAAGAGAUACUUUUGAGGCAUCUAAAAGAUUCUUCAGCACCGUCUGCUUCUAUUGGGUCCAACCUAGAGAAGAUACAGCAGCUACUGCAGCUGCACGGGGCGAGGAAAAUGCAGGAGAUACAUGAGGUGAGGACGAGUGAGAAGCAGGCGGAGCAUUCCGAGGACUCGGAGGAUUCCGAUGAUUCCGAGGCUCAGGCUCAGGCACAGGCACAGGCACAGGCACAGGCACAGGCACAGGCUCAGGCUCAGGCACAGGCUCAGGAGCUGCCUGAGCCAGGUCAGGAAGCGAGGGCCCCGCCGCCGCACGUGCCAACGUUUGACGCGCCGAUGGCGACCGCGCUGAGGAUGCAGGCAGUGAAGAGGAAAGUCCAGGAGUAUGCAGAAGGAGAGGCGCCUGAGGGAGCAGAAGAGACUUAUACAGAAGAGGAGCGGUAUGUUACUAAUGAAGCUUGUGAAGAGGGUGCGUUCGGAGGGGAUCAGACGGCAAGGGCUGCCCCUGGUUGCUACAGCCGUUCUGGAGAGAGGGAACGCCAGUCUGCCAUGUCAGCGGUCGUUCUGGAGCGAGUGAACGCUCUUCCGAGACAUGGUAAUGGUCCCGGCGUUGAGGGGGGCAGGAGAGCGAACGCGUGGCGCAGGGAGGACGGGGAGAGCCCUACACCAAGUGCCACGUCAGCAGAGGGUGCUUUGUCAGUAGCAGGCGCCAAGUCAGCUGCAGGCGCCACGUCAGGGAUAGCAAGGAUUUCCUUUCUCCAUCCUCCCACCGCCCAACAGAGCUCCUGCUGGCCCAUCAACCAAACCGUCAUUUUGAUCACCCUUCCUUCGACUGUGACGGUAACAGUGAUUGUUACUCUAACAGCUACUGUGACUGUGGUGGUGCCUUUGGCUCCCACCCUGGCUGUGACUGUAACCGAGCAUGCAGAGCAUGGCAGCAGGGCGUGGAGUGCUGGAGGGCAGUCUCGCUUUAAGGAGAUAGCGGAGCAUUCACUGCUAGGUGGGGCCGACUACAAAAACGAAGCCAAGGAGCUCAAUAGCGAGGACGAGGAGUCGGACUACGCGGUGGUGCGCCAAGUGGCGAUGUACGAGUGGCUGCGGGCGUCCUCAAAGAAAGCAGCAGCUCUGGAAGCAGCAUGGGUACCAGCCCCUCCUAACACUUCUUUCUCCCACCAACCCAGCAGCAACUGCCUGUCUGACAGCCAGGUUGGCACGUGGAUGCGGCAAAACGACCAUAAUGGUUCAGUGGGUGGAGGCGGCAGGUGUUCUGAGGUUCAGGUGUGGAUGUGGCUGGGCCGCGAGGCUGCUUGGUCCAUGAGUGGUACGGAGCGGUGAAGAGCAGCGAUGAGAGUGAGCAGUCUUCGGAAGUGGAGCAUCCAUAUUGCCUUGACUCGAGGAGGAAUAACCUGCUAUCUUCCCCAAUAAACUCGCUCUUUGUCGGCUCACAUACACACACUCGAACACGACGUGGGCUAUAUCGAAGGCGCGAGUGCUCCAAUCUUCGAUAGUGUAGAGUUACUAGAGGUAGCUAUGGCAUGAGAGGAGUAGUUGGCAUGCUUAAUG